CAACAAAACUUCACAGUUCUAUAGAAUUCGUUAAUCUGAUUUAAAGUGCGAUGAAGAAAUUUUUUGUUGUUUUAUUCUAUUUAAUUGGAACUUAUUGUGGGUGUCAAGCUCAACUUCGACCACGACCUUGUAACAUAGCUGUAAGAUGUUCUGAUGAAGAAAAGCCAGUUUCGGCAACAACUAAUGGUUUAUUUUGUGACGUAUUCCGUAACGAUUGCAUUUUGUUUAGUAGAAAUUGCAGUCUUUUAAACGAAAAUAAGCCUACAUACACAAAAAUAACAACACAACAAUGUCGACAAUUAUGUAGGGAAUUAGUGUGCUUGGCAGUUUUUCAACCAGUUUGUGGGAUAUACAAUAAUAGAUUGAGAACUUUUGGCAAUGAUUGUGAAAUGAGCAGACGUAUUUGUUCAACUCAAGAAACCUGGAGCUUGUACAGGGCAGGAGCUUGCCCACGAUAGUCUUGUGGAAAAAGAAUUGGACAAUCACCUUGAUCGGAAUAAAAUACGUCAGCUUCGAUAACUUGCAACAACACGUCUUCUUUGAAACAGUAACGAACUAA